CGUAUUUUAAACAUGCAUUCUAAUUUCAAAUUUUAUUUUUCUUUAUAUUUUUAAUAUUCUUUUUUUUAUUUUAAAAUGUGGCUUGUGAUUGGUUAACAUGUAUAAAUCGUACUUUUCGUAUAGGCGUCCAACUAGAAUGAACGAUUAUGGGCUGAAAAGGAUUCCCGAUUAUACCGACUUGGCGUAUAAAGAAGCUGUUUCUAAGCUGCGAUAUUUUUUGUCGGGGAACAGCGCACCGAGUGUACGCAGCUAUGGCGGUUCUCCAUCUCUCAAGAACCUCGACGAUUCAGACGCAGACAUCGACAAGAAAUACCCUUUCAACCUAUCGGAGUACAAACCUCGACCGCGUCUUACUGCGAAGUAUACCACUCUGUAUGCGGACAGCCUUAAUAACUAUACACCACCCGCGCCGACUAGCAAUGUCCCACCACCUACCAAUACAUCUGACCUCACUGGUGGGACCAACCCAGAUGUGGUCAACUUCAUUCAGAAGCAAGAAGAAUACAUUGAGCAGUUGGAACGCGAGAGCCAGUAUUGUAGAGAAGAACUCAACAAUCUCCUCGGUAAAGUGAAAGAAGUUAUAUCCGAAAAUGAAAACCUCCACGAGGCCCAAAAGAACAAAAUGAUUACUCGAAUGUUCCAUACUUACAAUGGCUCUGAGACAGACGACUUGGACGACGUUGGGGAUAGCACUGGCUUGGAUAGCGAUAAUAAGGGCACGCCAUCUAAAAAUCGUAGACCCAGAAGUCGUUCCACCAAAUUGGAAGGUCCAAACAUCGUAUUUGAGUCGAGAAUUGCUGAGUUAGAAGCUCAAUUGACUCAGGCUAAGAUAGACCUGAAGAAGGUUCAGGAAGAAAAUAAUGAAAACAAACGAAAAUUGGCAAAUGGACUUGUCGACUCUACCUGUUUAGAUGGCUUCAAGAGGCAGAUCGACAAUUUGCAAAGAGAUAAAAAUGCCCUCGAGAAUCAGAUAUCCAAGCUCAAACUAAGCUUGGAACAACGAGACAGUGACGUGGACGGUCGGUACAAGCGCGGCUCUGAGGCUAUCGAGAACCAACUCAGAGAAGAGAGGAACAAUUUGGAGGCAGAAAUACGUCGUCUUAAAGACGAGUUAUCAAACGAGCGCAGCAAGGUACGCUCACUAUCGAGCGAAACAUCCCGGCGCGCGCUGCACGAGCGCAGCGCGGCGGAGCAGCGCUACACGCAGCACUUCGACGAGCUGCGCCACGAGCUCGCCGCGCAGUGCGACAACGUCGCCAAGCUGCAGCUUGAUCUGGAACGCCAACGACGCGAAGAGAGCGAACUCAAACGCGAAAUAUCCAUGAAGAAUGCCGCUAUUGAAGAACUGAAAAUGGAAAUCAAGAACAAAACAGCAUCACUUCAAGCAGAUUUGGCUCAAGCUUAUGCUGAGAAAGCAUCUCUGGAAGAAGAACUAGCGAGUGCUCGUCUAACAAUUGAGAGGAAUCAGAGACAGGCGAAACAUGAAUCAAAUCGUCUUAAUUCUGAAAUACAUUCUUUGCGUCAACGUUUGGAUAGGUCUGACGCUGAUCUCGUUCAUUCUCGACGUGAAAAUCUACGUCUAUCGGAGCAAAUAUCUAACUUGGAGAAAGAGAUCAACAUGAAAACAUUAACUCCAAUAUCACCGGAGAAGAAUAAGAAGGAAAAAGAGAUUUCUUCUGCGCUUGAGUCCAUUGAAAAUAAACACGCUAAAACGGUGGCUGGGUUGGAGUCCAUGAUACAAUCUCAAAACAGUCUGAUGGAGAAACUCACCAACGAAUGUCGUUUGCUUACAGACAAGCUUGACGACGCAAAUCGUAGACAUAAGCAAGAGCUGGGCACUCUGCAGCGUCAAGUAGAGAGCCUGGGGCGAACCAUGCAAACUGCGUAUUCGCACCCACCUAGCACUCAAGCACCUACCACGCACGCUCCCACAACCGUCAGAAUACCAGAUACCACUGCCACAACCAGACCAAACUAUACCAGAGAUGAGCCCACUAGAGACACCGCAUUCGGAGAACCAACCAGAACAAACAACAGAGUUGAUGACAAAUCCGGAAAUAUAAUCGACCAUAGUACAGAAGAUAUCAACAUAACCGAAACGCCUCCAAAAACUAAUGAACAUGCAAUAGCACAAGAAACUCCACGAUCAAGGCAAAUGAGCAAACAAAAUUCGCGCGAAUCAGUUAAAAGUGAACGAAAACUCUCGCAAAAUUCUUCAAAAGAAUCUAUCCAUGAACAAAAUAUCAAGCAAGUCGAUGACAAUCCAUCACCUGUAACUCAAUUGAAUACGGAUGAUAUUCCAGAACAAAAUAUAAUCGAACAUCAACCUGAACAAAUUGAACAGCAUGAACCACUGGAACAACAUGAACCAAUGGAAGAAAAACAGGAAGAACAACAGGAUGAGCAAAAUUACGGUCAAGAAUAUCAAAAUUACGAACAAGGCUACGAUCAAAAUCAACCUACAUCAGAAUAUUCACCACAAGAAUACGAACAACAGCAAUAUUCUGAACAACAAUAUGAAAAUUAUGAACAAUAUCCGCAACAAUAUGCUGAUCCUAAUGCUCAAUACGAAGGCCAAUACGAGAAUUACGCCACAGACGGUAAUUACACAGAGCAGAAUUACGAUAAUACGCAAUAUAAUCAAGAAUACACACCUCAAUAUGAAGAAAAUGUAUCAGAAACACAACAAAAUGUAGAAAUAAGUCAAAAUAGUUCGCCUAACGAAAAAGUAGCAAGCCAAAGUUAGCAUUAAAUUUUAUUUUACGUGCAAUAUUCGUUAUUUUAAAAUGAAAAUUAGAUUAGUUAAAUUAUUUCGCUCUUACACAUUGUAAUUUUUAUAUUGUUAAGUUAAAGAAAAUAUAUCCAAUGUAGAAUAUACAUUGGGUAUAUGUAUUUAUUCCUUAAACCUAUUAUUAUAGAUUAAAAUAUUUUUUAUAAUUUUUAUUAAGUUCACAGUAAUAUUAUUGCUCAAUAUAGGUCAGAUUUUACAAUAGAAA